GAACAUUGAACUUGGACUCUGAGUCUCCGGCUGGAUUUUGUCCAACGGGAAAUUUCGAAGUGUGAACCCGGCCUUAAUCUUCUUGCCUGUCUUCACAGCCAGCUCUUGAGUGGUUUCAGAUCCAGAUGACAGCCAUGUCCAGUGUCUAGAAGAAGAAGGUAACAUGGCCCCUGAGAGAAUCCUCAUCACUGGAUGCAACAGAGGGAUUGGCUAUGAAAUGGUCCGGCAGCUGAUAGAACAACAAUGUCCGCCUAAACAAAUCUUUGCAACUUGUCGUGAUCCCAGCUCUCCUCAGAAUAAGAAACUGAAUGAUCUUGCAGCAAAAUAUCCAAAUGUGAUCGUUAUAAAGUUAGAAACCAGAGAUGCCAAUAGCAUCAAAGAAGCUGUAAAGGAGGUGGAAAAACAUCUGAAUGGAGCUGGGCUGAAUUUAUUGGUUAAUAAUGCUGGGAUCUCGCAUGAAAGCAAUCUUGAGUCUGCGGACUCUGCCGACUUCAUGAAUGUUUACAGCACAAAUGUAGUUGGACCAUUUUUGCUGGCAAAGGAACUUCUGCCAUUUUUAAGAAAAGCUGCAGAAGAAAAUCAACAGAAACGUUUUAGUUGCAGCAAGUCUGCUAUAAUAAAUAUUUCUGCACUGUUAGGAUCCAUAGAGAAGACACCAGAGACCUUCAAUUUUCUCCCAGUGGUGUCCUAUCGAUGCAGCAAGGCUGCUCUUAAUAUGCUCACACAGUGCCAGUCUUUGGGUUACAAGAAAGAUGGCAUUUUGUGCACUGCUGUCAACCCAGGAUGGGUCCAAACAGACAUGGGCGGCCCUAAUGCUCAUCUCACAGUGGAGAAGAGUGUCCAAGGAAUUCUCAAGGUUCUGGACAGCCUUUCUGAGGAGCAUUCUGGAAUUCACAUCGGCUGGGAGGGAAAUGUAUUACCUUGGUGAAAUACAUGCAAAAAGUUGAUUUAUUCUGCAGUUUUCUUCAUUUUCUGCUUUUUUUUCCCUUCAUUUUACAUUUUACAUACUGUUACUGUGUUGUAAAUGUAAAAAUGUUAA